CUUGCGGCAGCCACCACCCCCGUGCCGCGCAAGCGCAUUGGCGAGGGCUGCUUUUUGAAUCAGCGGCGUUGUUAUUGACGCCAUAUUGCUGGUGUGGAAGAGUCACAGAGAGACGCGGUGCAGCUGCCGUCAACGCCAUCGCUCUUCAUCGGCCGCCCUAGGCCGGGUAGCCUCCCAUCCAGCGGCUCCCACCGGCCCAGACACCCUCCGGGAUACGGCCCGGGGAGGAUUUGCCGCGGGCGGAGCCCCAGAGCCCAGUCGGGGCAGGAGCGCCGGGCCGCUCCCUGGAGAUUCAGGCCGCCGGCAAGAAGAAAGCCAAGGCGGCGCGAGCAGUGGCGACCCUGAGCCUGACGCGGCGCGGCAGCGGCUGAAGCGGUGCUCUUCUCCGGCCCUCGGUCAGAUCUCCCGGCCGCUUUCUAGGUGGAGGCCGAGCCGGCUCAGCUGCCGCCGCCCCCUCCUCCUCUUCCCCUCCUUUCCCCGGCCGCCCUCCUCCUUCCUCUUUCUCCCCUCGUUCAGCUCGGCCAUGGCCUGCGGAGCCACUUUGAAACGGACUCUGGAGUUCGACCCGCUGCUGAGCCCGGCGUCGCCGAAGCGGCGGCGUUGUGCCCCAUUGUCCGCCUCGGCGGCGGCCUCUUCCUCUUCCUCCGCGGCCUCCUUCGCCUCGUCCCCGCAGAAGUACCUGCGCAUGGAGCCUUCGCCUUUCGGGGAAGUGUCCACUCGCCUCACCACAGAACAAAUUCUGUACAAUAUAAAACAGGAGUACAAACGUAUGCAGAAGAGGAGACACUUAGAAAACUUUCAGCAGACAGAUCCCUGUUGUUCUACUGAUGCACAGUCACAAGCAUUUCUCCUUACUGGACCAGCUUUGCCAGGUACUUCAUCUGCAACAGCAUCACCACUGAAAAAAGAACAGCCCCUCUUUACUCUCAGACAAGUUGGAAUGAUCUGUGAACGCUUACUCAAAGAACGUGAAGAGAAAAUUCGUGAAGAGUAUGAAGAAAUUCUGACCACAAAACUUGCAGAACAGUAUGACGCAUUUGUGAAGUUCACGCAUGACCAGAUCAUGCGACGAUAUGGAGAACAGCCUGCAAGUUAUGUUUCAUGAAUCAUGUUUUCUGCAUAUGUGGGCAGCCCUGAAACCCUGUUCUAUUGUUGCAAGCUGUCCUUUAAAGACUUGCAACAAUGCCAUAUCCCCCCUCUCCCCCCACAUACACUGGUUACUUCAAGCUUUUGUCAGUGGCAACCACUCUUAUGCAGCGACUGGUUUUGGAGUGCUCCCUGAUGUACCACCUGGAUGUGGACCUUUGCUACCUGUUAAUACCAGUGGUCUCAUUUGCUGUAUCAUUACAAUUUGGCUUAUGUUAAUAAGUUUGAAAAGUAAAAGGAUUAAAGCUGGUGUACUAGAACUUUGCCCUUCACUGAUGUGUAAAUAAAAGUGUAGAAUGACACUUCUGACUGAAGUUAGUGUGGUUUUCAUAACUGUGCACUGCAAAACAGUAUUCACAGUUAAAUUAGAAUGUAAUCCAUGGACAACUUUUAAGAAAAUAGCCCACAGUACUGCCUGUGAAAUAGUGAAGGAGGGCAUUUCUGUAUUCCAUGACUUUUUGGGGGGUUAAGAAUGGGUUUAUAUAAUUUCUCAUUUUUGUAGUUUUUAUUUAUUCUAUCAGUCUUUAACAAAUGUUUAUUGCUGCAAUUUUUCAGUGUAUCAUUGUUUUACUGCCCUUGUAGUACUGGAAUUUAGUUGAAAGAAUAAAACAUUUACUUCUAA